UUUAAUUCAUUUUAACACUGACACGAUUUUACUUUCUAUUUUUAUUCCAUAGCCAAAUUGACCGCUUUUCUCCUUAUUAUUUGCACCCUUGGAAGUCUCCCCCCAAACUCUGCAAAGCCCAGCAGGGUCCAUCAAAGGGGUUUUUUCUGCUGUUUUCUUCAGAAAGGCAAAGCCUGAAAAUGCCAGGUUUAGCUCCAGUUCUUUCGGAAAACCUUCUCUCCGCGUGCUGAUCUUGCGCCUUCGCUAAGCGAGUGUAAUAAUUAAGCUGGGAAGAAUUAAAAUCGAGUUGUUUCGGGCUCUUUCUCUGCAGGGAAAUGCAGAAGGAAAGGUGGUUUGGGGGGUUAAGUCAAAAAUAGGGUAUGUUCUUUUGGUGGAACUCCAUGCUUUUCAGGCCAAAAAAAAAAAACCCUUAUGCAAAUUCUGGAUGAGGAUGAGCUGCCUCACAAGGGCUUUGUUGCAGCUGGCCAAUCCUGGGCUGCCUCGUUGGUUCCUUCAUUUGAAUAUGUCCAACUAGAGAAGAGCCGUGGCUGUGGUGGGACACCCUGGCAGGGAGGAGCACUGAGUCUGAAGGAGACCCCAUGGCUGCAGCCACCAAGAGACAAAGAAGAACCUCGAGGAAGAGGAGGACGAGGAAGCAGAAGGUCCAGUUGACGAAGCCUCUGCUGAAGUGGGGAAGGUCUCCGGCUCGGGUUGGGCGAUGGAAGCCAGCUCCGAAGGGCUUAAGCAGCUGGUUAAAGAAGGGAUCCUACAACAGCUACAUCUCCACACUGCUGAGGCAGCUGCCACCACCGACCAGGCGCAUGUCGGUGAAGGCAAAGAGGCUGAUGACCAUCUCCAUGGGCGUCCUUUGCAAGGGGUUGGUCACCGAGGCGGACCGUUGGAGGAGGCAACACCGGGGGUCCUUCAUCGGCACCUUGGAGUUGCAGGCUGCUGUGGAUAAGGUGAUGAAAGGUGAAGGUGGAGGGUGGCCUCUGCCUGUGUCUCUCCCCAUCAUGGAGCCGUGGGUGAUGCUGGACCCGCGGCAGAAAGCCCUGUACCGGGAUGUGAUGCAGGAGAGCUACGAAACGCUGAUGUCCCUCGCACAGGGGCUGGUGAGUGAAAAAGCAGCGGAGGAAGGCGCGGCGGAGGAGAGCUGCGAGGAGCUCGAAGCCCGCUCAUCCCGCAGCCCGGAGAGGGAGAAGGCCCUCGGCUCCAACAGACGGAAAACGAAGCGCCCGGAUAAAGCCACGCCCCACAGUGCCACCAAGAUGCCCAAAGCCGUGGUGGUCCCCAAAAUGGACUGUGCCAAACCCCUACGCGGGGCAACCAGCAAGGGACCGGCACGGGAGCGGCCGUUCGGCUGCGCCGAUUGCGGCAAGAGCUUCCCGUGGGCUUCGCACUUGGAGCGGCACCGGCGGGUGCACACCGGCGAGCGGCCUUUCGGCUGCCCCGAGUGCGGUGAGACUUACAGCCAGAGCUCCCACCUCCUCCAGCAUCGCCGGACCCACGCCAGCGACCGGCCGCACAAGUGCGGCGACUGCGGCAAACGCUUUGCCGGCGCCGCCGAGCUGGCGGCACACGGCCGGGGCCACGCCGCCGAGAAACCCCACAAAUGCAGCGAUUGCGGCAAGGGCUUCGUUUGGGCGUCCCACCUCGCCCGGCAUCGGCGGGUGCACACCGGCGAGAAGCCCUACCGCUGCCCCGAGUGCGGCGAAGCCUUCAGCCAAGGCUCACACCUCGCCAAACACCGCCGUAGCCACACCGGCGAGCGACCCCACCGCUGCCCAGCUUGCGGCAAAACCUUCUGCCAAAGCUCCGACCUGGCCCGUCACCGCCGAACCCACUUGGGCAAGAAAGCCCUGCGUUGUGGCGACUGUGGCAAGCUUUUCCGAGCCGGGCCGGCGCUGGCGCGGCAUCAGCGGUGUCACCGGAGGGAACGCGCCCACCGUUGCGCCGAUUGCGGGAAGGGCUUUGUCUGGGCGUCCCACUUGGAGCGGCACCGGCGGGUGCAUACGGGCGAACGUCCCUUUCCCUGUGGCAACUGCGGCGAGCGCUUUGCCCAAAAAGCCCACCUCCUCCAGCACCGCAAAACCCACUCCCCCGACCGGCCCUACAAAUGCGGCGACUGCGGCAAACGUUUUGGCGAGGCUCCCCCUUUCCUCGCCCACCAGCGGGGCCACGCAGCCCAAAAGAGCUACACUUGCAGCGAGUGUGGCAAGGGCUUCGCUUGGGCAUCCCACCUGGAGCGGCAUCGCCGCGUCCACACCGGCGAGAAACCCUACGAGUGCCCCGAGUGCGGUGAAGCUUUCAGCCAGAGCUCCCACCUCACCAAACACCGCCGGAGCCACCUCCCCAAGGCCGCUUUCCCCCUUGUCCCCCAACCGCUGCCCCCCUCCAGGACCCGGCUGGUGGAGGAGAAGCCCCCCAGUGCCGCAGCCUGCAGUGGCGAGGAGGCCUGAAGGAGCGAAACCACCCCAUAUUGGUGCAAUGGAUUGUGACCAAGGGAAAACUCGGCUUGGGGACAAAUCGAAGGACACCAAGUGACAUUUAAGGGGGUGGUGGGUGACACCGAGGUGGGCAAAGGCAUCAGGGUGGGAUUUAUCCUUCCUGAUGUCUCCCCGCAGCGAUGGGUGGACGGUGCACCCUGCUGCAAAAGGGACGUCUUGAGGGAGAGGGAGCCUCAUCCCGAGGGAAACGGUGCUUUCUCCACCGGGGAAGGUUGGGGGUAACCUGGGGAUGGUUCUUGUGCCAAAAUACGGUGUAAUUUGUGCCUGCUCCUUGCUGCUGGCAGGCUGGAGAAGGGGAUGCCGCGUUGCACCGAUGGAGAGGGCAACGGCGGGAGGUGCCGGCGUGGGGCGAGGAAUAAAAAGGGAGCCCCGUACCCCGCAGUCACCUGUGUCUGGCUCUCCUUGCGCACCAACCCCAGGCUCCACCGCUUUUCCUUGCUCCUGGCAGGAAACACUGCGAGCAUCUUCUCCCUCUCCGAAGACAAAAAGGACGCUGAGACAGGUGGAAAGGUUUUUCUUUUUUUUUUUUGGUUUUUUUUUUUUUUUUUGUUAACUACCUUCUACUUUAUUACCUGCUAACCUGAGCCAAGGAAACCCAGUGUCUCCACCCUCGCCAAAUUCCCAGCUUGGUGCAUCCCAAACCACCCUCGGCACAACCCAAACAGCAUUUGGCGGGGGGGUCCCAGCAAGGAAGGAGUAGAGCUGGUGACUGAUGCGGGUCCCCAUGGCUCUUUUCCGAGCCAUUUGGCCCCAAAAGCCCCCUGUGGACGGGUGUUCUCUGGGUGAUUUUACCGAUGGGUCCCCUCCCAUACACCCAAAGCUGUGUCACCCCCUUUUUGCCCACCCAAACAGUGGGGCAGAGGAUGAGGAGGGUUAUAGGGAGAAGUGUCGUCUCCCCACUGCCCUAAAUUAUCACCCAGCCUUCCCCAAAUCCACCCCCAGCCUCCCUUGUCCCUCCUCUCCCCAUCUCCCCCCAAAGCCCCUACAGUGGU